GCCUCUUCUUGCCACCGUGCGUGGCCGAAGCUAGCUCGCCCCCGCCCCCAAGAGAUCAGGGCCGCCCGAACGACUGACCCAGAGAGAGAAGAGGAAGAUCAUCGCCUUCAUCUCUCACACCAACUCCUUUUGGACGCGAGCGCGGAUCCACUACAGCCCCACCGCGCGCGAGCUACUAGUAUCUAACUAGCUACGUAGCUAGCCUCUGCAACAUCGCCCACGCCCGCCUGGCCGGCCGGCGACCACGCCUCGUGUGUUGGGAGCUAGCCAGCGAGACACGUACUCCAGAAUACAAGGGCGGCCAUGGGGAGGGCGCCGUGCUGCGAGAAGGUGGGGCUGAAGCGGGGGAGGUGGACGGCGGAGGAGGACGACAUACUCGCAAACUACAUUGCCAAGCACGGCGAGGGCUCAUGGAGGUCUCUGCCCAAGAAUGCAGGGCUACUGAGGUGUGGCAAGAGCUGCAGGCUGCGGUGGAUCAACUACCUCAGAGACGGGGUGAGGAGAGGCAACAUCUCCAAGGAGGAGGACGACCUCAUCGUCAAACUUCAUGCCACCCUUGGCAACAGAUGGUCCCUGAUCGCCAGCCACCUACCAGGACGAACAGACAACGAGAUCAAGAACUACUGGAACUCGCAUCUCAGCCGGCAGAUCCACACCUUUCGAAGGAUCUACACCACCGUCAGCGACACCGCCAUAACCGUCGACAUCAACAAGCUUUCCGCCGCCGGCAAGCGGCGCGGCGGCCGCACCCCUGGCCAGUCGCCAAGGAGCAGCACAAAGAAGAAGCCGGUGCCGGAGCCCAUCACCAAGGCGAAGGACGAAUCUAGCCCGGCCGGCGCUGCGUCAUCGGUGUCAAGCUCACCUCAGAGCGACGAGGCUAGAAGCGCGGUGGUCGACCCGGACCAGAACCAGCCCAACAACAGCAUCAGUGUCAGCCACACUUCUGAUGGGCCCUGCAGCGAGGAUGGGACGUGGCCCAUGGUCAUGGACCCUGUAGAUCAGACUGGCGUCCUCGAGGCGAACUGCACGGUGGAUCAGCAGAUGGGGCUCUGGGAAGUGAACAGCUCAAUGAAUCAGAUUGGGAUCAUGGAGGACGAGAGCGAGAUGCAGGCACUCCUGUCCAGCAGCGUUACAGCAGAGAAUGGGCUUGUUGGCAUCGAUCCCGGAGGCCUGUCUCAGGUGGACCAUCUCUUGGACAUGGACUGGGAGGGGUUUGCAUCCCAUCUAUGGGACCAGCCAGCCCAGAAUGGCCUUCUACAGCCCGCUGAGCCGCAGGCGGCGACGGGCUCCGAGUCGGACGAGCUAGAGUCGUUCGUCAGUUGGCUCCUCUCCGACGCGUGCUGAGAAGAUCCCACAACGGCAGCGGCGAGCAGUCACAGCCCAUUGCAAAGCAGGUGUCUUUUUUCUUUAUCAGAAACAAUAGCAAAGCAGGUGUCGUGUGUGUGCAAGUUUUGGUAGCGUUUGCUAGCUUUCUUGUAAAUAUGUGUGGUCUUGUGCAUGUACUUUUCCUAUAUCAUAGCGUUGGUGGUAGAGUCGUAUAUGGCGUCUGAGCGUAGUGGGGAUCUGCUAGGUGUUCUGUGCAAUGCAUCCCGGUUGCUGUGGAAGCUCGCAUCAUUGCAGCAGCAGUGAAAUGAACCUUUGAGUUGAACCGUUCGAGUUCGUGUCCGACUGUACACUAUUCGGAUCGAAAUAGAGUA